AUGAGAUUUCAGGCUUACCAGUUGAUUGCCUUGCUUGCUGGCCACUGUCUUGCCACCGAUAGUGCCGAAGUCGACUGCGAAGACGCGGCAGCGAUCAAUCCUGCGCUAGAUAAUAUGAGCUGUUGGAUGCAGUGCAAGAACAUUAAAGCAGCCGAGAAGAUCGAAAUGGUCGACGGUGUUGUGACCAACACCGGCUCCUGCUUCGACAGCUGGAUCUUCGGCUACGCCGACCCCCCGGAGCUUGCCGGGUACGACCACAUCGACAAUUCCCUCAGCGCCGCGAAGUGCCAAUUGCUUUGCCAGAGCGAGUACAGGUGCGUCCGAUUCCAAUUCACCGCAACCAGCUUGGGAAUGAGCCCUGCCAACGUGCCCAGCUACCGCUGCGUUCUCAAGAACGCCGACCAGGUGGUCAGUAUACUCGAGGGCGACCCCGGCGGCCAGGGCUUUAAUUCCGACACCUGCGACACUCAGUCGGCCAAUGGCUGCUCCACCGUUGGCGAUUGCCUCAAGUGCGGCGGUGAGCCGCGCUGUGCGUGGCGCAGCAACCUCCACGUGAGUGGCUGGCGACAUUGCAGCGAUUUACGAGAUAGCUGCGACCCCCACCCUAGUACUCCUGUACCGAGUACGACCACCACCACGGCCAAGCCCACCACAACUACUUCGACCAAGGAGAUUACCACUACGACCAAGGCAACUACUACUACGACCAAGGCGACUACCACUACAACCAAGGCGACUACUACAACGACGACGAGGCCGGUGACCGUUACUACCUCACCUGCUGCGGAUACCACAACUAGGGGCGGCGGCGGGGGCGGCAACGGUACAAAGAUUGCUACUGGCGUGGCCAGCGCGGCUGGCGGUUUAGCUCUGCUCGGUGGCGCCCUUCGGUACUUCAACCGACCCGCUGAGGACACGGACGCCGCCUUUGUGGCGGACGAGGCGCAGAUGCCUGAGCUCAGAGAGCGCGAAGCCGUAGCGGCUACAGACGACAUGUAUGCGUAG